CGAAUUCGUUGUUUACCUUCCAAUCAGCCAGCCCUCGGAGAAGUGGCGCAGAUCGCCGAGCUACCGGCACACGGCGUACUUCCGGGAUGAUAUUCGUUGGCCCUCUGGGUGCUAAGGAUGAAUGGGGCUAUACUUCCAAACACCCCUAUAGCUGUGGAUUUCUGGCAGAUACGGCAAUGCAGCCACAUCCGACUCUUCUUCCUGUCCCAUAUGCACAGUGAUCAUACUGUAGGCUUAUCUUCAACAUGGAAGCAUCCAUUGUAUUGUUCACCCAUCACAGCCAAAAUACUGAAACAUAAGCUACAGGUUAACAGUAAGUGGAUCAAUGCAUUAGAAGAUGGCGUGUGCCAUAUGCUGCCAUUGGAUGACUGCGGAACUGAAACAUUAGCUGUCACUUUAAUAGAUGCCAACCAUUGCCCUGGCUCUGUUAUGUUCCUGUUUGAGGGAUACUUUGGUACUAUCUUAUACACAGGUGAUUUCCGCUACAGCCCACUGAUGCUAAAAUAUCCUCCUUUAAUGAACAAGAAGAUUGAUGUCCUGUACUUGGAUAAUACAAACUGUGACCCUGAAAGCAAGCUGCCUUCUCGACAGGAAGCCACAAAAGAAAUAGAAGAUAUAAUUGAGGAACAUCCAGAGCAUGACAUCGUGAUUGGUCUUUACAGCAUUGGAAAGGAGUCUCUUCUUGUUGACUUGGCUAAGACCUUUAAUUCUUGGGUGGUUGUAAGCCCUCAGAGAAUGGAAUUGCUUAACCUAUUUGAUAUUGAAGAUGUUUUCACAACACAGGAGGGAGGAGGAAGAAUUCGUGUUGUGGAGCAGAUUGAGGUCAAUUAUGCUAACAUGGUGAAAUGGAAUUCUAUUUGUCCAACGAUAGCUGUUCUUCCCACCAGUCGAAAUGUGAAGAACUGGCAUAAACAUGUUUAUGUUGUACCGUACUCCGAUCAUUCUUCAUUUGAUGAACUCAAUGAGUUUGUAUCUCAAAUAAGACCUUGUUCCAUUGUUCCUGUGGUGAAAACACAACAAUGUUGGCUUUACUUUAAUAAAUAUUUAAAUUCGGAGACUGUAAAAAAUGAUGUAAUCAUUCCCAGUUCCGUAAAGGCCUCUAUGAGAAGUCAAAGCGUAUCAAGUAGAUUGAAAGCUAAAAUGCUCAAAGUUUCUGUAAAUAAACAGUUACCUCGAGGAGUUGAGUUUGAAUCUCCUGAAAAAAGUGAUGCCGAUGGUGUUGGAGAUGAAAAAAAGACCACCAGGUCAGCAGAAGAAAGUUAUAACUGUCAGCAGAUAACUACUUCUGAUGGGUUUUCUUCAAAUUCAGGACAAGGCCUAAUUCCAGCACCUUUGACUGAGUCAACUGUGCUUGUGUCUAACAAAAACUCAUCCCCGAUUACCUCUCCAUGGUUCAAGAAGACUUUCCAGACUCUUGAGAAUGAAACUGAGAUGCCUUCUGCAAUCUGGUCACUGCAAUCUGGUCAAAGCAUGAAUGGGACAGUUCUGUCUGAUGCAUCUCUGUUGUAUACAGAAAUAAGUAGUAACCACGUUCUUUCUUCUUCCCAUGCUCCAUGUGUGCCUUUAUCUUUUACAAGGGCAGACGGGCUUUCCUUGUUGCCUUGCAGAAAAAGAAAACGUUUUGGUUCAAAGCACUUUCAUGAUCAAGUUGAGCGAUCUAUUAGGAACUGUGUUCACAGAAGGAAUGGAGAUAAAUCUGUUGCAUGGCCAUAUAGAUAA